UUACAUAGUGGUAGAAAUUAUGUGAGCUGACUUUAAGUGCACGUCAAAUUUAACUGAUUUCCUUAGGUACCUUACGUGUGCACAGAAAAUCAAAAAUAUGUUUUAGUACCUAUCAAAACUAUAGUUCCUAUUACACAAAGUGUGACCAGCCCAAGUUUUUUUUUAAUUUCCCGCCAUAAAUCUGUGUAAUAUUUCGGUAGCCAGACUCUAAAAAAUACAGCGCUGUUCCCGCUAGUUUUCACAACGCGGGUCUGCCAAACCGGUUGUUUUAUGACGUCUGCCUCCGCCGCGCAGAGCGCGCGUCACUGAAUUUUAAAUUUCGAACCACUCCCGAAGCGCGCGGACGGUAUGCAUGACAAUACAACGACUUUUUAAUACAAUUCAGUGAAUAAAAUCUAAAUUUUAUAUGAAAUUAAAGUUAAAAUAACUGUUAAAGUUUAGUGAUUGUGUUAUUGUGUAGUGUUGUGGUUUAUUUGGAUUUUUUAACAGGAUGGCGGGAAUGAACCUACGGCUGACGUUUGCCGUGGUGUCCUCCGCCUGCUGGUCGGCCUUCCAACACGGCUAUAGUACUGGUGUUCUUAACGCGCCACAGCUGGUGAUGUCAAGAUGGUUGCAAUUCGACGCGUUAUCGGGCACCAAUCUGACCAUGAAGGCCACUGAAGAGCCGAAAGUGGCCACCAUCUGGUCUGUUGCCGUCUCUGUCUAUUGCGUGGGGGGUAUGAUUGGAGGCAUGCUGACUGGAGUCAUUGCUGAUAGAUUUGGUCGAAAAGGCGGGCUGCUGCUCAACAACGCGCUUGUGUUCGUCUCAGCCGCGUUCCAGGGGACGGCCAAGAAAGCUAAUUCUGCGGAACUUUUGAUACUUGGACGGCUGGUCAUCGGAAUCAACAGCGGUCUGAACGCUGGUCUGGCUCCCAUGUACUUGGCAGAGAUAUCACCAGUGUCUCUUCGAGGAUCGAUCGGCACAGUCUACCAGCUAGUCAUCACGAUCUCCAUCCUCCUCUCGCAAGGGCUCGGCUUACCCUCAGUCCUGGGCACGGAGGAAGGCUGGCCCUGGCUGCUGGCCGUCUGCGCUAUACCGGCCGUCAUACAGAGCGUCACGCUGCCGCUGUGUCCUGAGUCGCCGAAAUAUUUGCUGCUGAAUAAGGGGAGGGAGCUGCAUGCGCAGGAAGCUCUGAAUUGGCUAAGGGGUGACGUAGCCGUCCAUGGUGAAAUGGAAGAAAUGCAUCAGGAGGCAGAAAAGAACAAAGUUAGCAAGAAGGUGACAUUACGCGAACUCUUCGGCAACCGCCAGCUCCGGCAACCGCUGCUCAUCGCCAUGACAGUGAUGGUUGCCCAGCAGUUGUCUGGAAUAAACGCCGUCAUGUUCUACUCUACUGAUAUCUUCUCGCAAGCCAGCCUUAAGCCCCCGUAUUCGCAGUAUGCUACUUUAGGCACUGGAGCCAUGAACGUUCUGAUGACCUUAGUGAGCUUGGUGCUGGUGGAGAUAGCCGGCCGGAAGACGUUGCUCUUGGUCGGCUUUAGUGGCAUGUUCAUCAGCUCCAUCUUGUUACUAGCGGCAAUGUUGCACGUGACCUCAAUCGCUUGGAUGCCGUACGCAUGCAUCGCUCUGGUGAUUCUCUUCGUGGUGAUGUUCGCUGUGGGUCCUGGAUCCAUCCCCUGGUUCUUAGUUACUGAGCUGUUCAACCAAUCGUCGCGGCCCGCGGCGGCGUCGGUGGCAGUGACGGUCAACUGGGCGGCUAACUUCCUUGUUGGACUCACCUUCCUUCCACUUCAACUGGUGAUAAAGGCGUACGUGUUCGUGAUCUUCGCGGUGUUCCAGCUGCUGUUCAUCAUCUUCAUCAGCAUGAAGGUCCCGGAGACCAAGAACAAGACGGUGGAGGAGGUCACGGCCAUGUUUAGGCAGCAACUAUGAUCGAUGAUGUGGACAACUUGACACUUUAACCCUUUGAACGUCAAGAACACUUAAAGUCGUCGUUACUAGUCGUGCCCACAGCGCCGAGGACAACUAUAGGUGUCAUGGCGGACGCUGCCAAAGUAACCUUCACACUUUCAAGUAGGGUUUACAUUAGCUCGCUUGCGUCCAGGGCCUUGGCGUUCGAGUGAUGUUUGUGUUUAUGACAAAGCGUUCAAAAGGUUAAACUUAUACUCUGUAUUUUUAGGUAUUUAAAUAAAAGUAAACAAAAUCUACCCUCAAAUGGCUCCUUAAGCCAGUUGAGGGUAGAUGAACACAUUACAUGAUCAAAUAAUGUAGGUUAAAGUCAGGUCGUUCAGUGACAGUCCAGGCGGUUUUGUAUUUGGUUGGUUAGCCAAUAAAUGUUGUAACUACCCGAAAAUGUAUAAAUUUGUUUACUUUUAUUUAAAUACCUAAAGAUACAAAGUUAUAAUACAUUGGUUAAAAAACGAUUCACACAUAUAAAUUG